AUGACUGAGGAAACCACUCCAGUUGAGAUAACUGCAGGUUCUCAAACCAGAAAUACAGUCACCAUCGACUCAACUCACCCAUACUAUCUUCAUUCUUUAGAUGGACCAGGGAUGAACCUUGUCAAUUGUGUGUUUGAUGGAAAAGGUUUUCCAGGAUGGAGAAGAUCAGUCCUCAUAGCCUUUUCAGCCAAGAAAAAACUUGGUUUCAUCAAUAGAUGCUGCAAAAUUCCAGAUCUGGACUCCACUGAUUAUCCUUUGUGGAGUUGUUACAAUUAUAUGGUCACUGCUUGGCUAUUAAACUCAUUAUCCAAAGAUAUCAGGGAUAGUGUGAUCUAUUCUAAAACAGCUAAAGAACUUUGGGACAGCUUGGAACUAAGGUUUGGUAAAUCUAAUGGAGCAAAGUUAUUUCACCUACAAAAAGAACUCAAUACUUCAGUUCAAGGAAAUUCUGAUAUCUCGGGGUAUUUCACAAAACUUAAAAGGUUGUGGGAUGAACUAGAUUCUUUAAAUUCAUACAUUGUGUGCACUUGUCCUUGUACAUGUGAAGGAAAAGCAAAAAUGUCUAAAUUCCUUCAAGAUCAAAGGAUGAUUCAUUUUCUAAUGGGACUAAAUGAUGUUUAUGCUCAGGCCAGGGGAAACAUCUUAAUGAUGAACCCCUUGCCUGCAAUGGAUUAUGCUUAUUCACUAUUGUUGCAGGAUGAGAAUCAAAGGGAGAUUUAUGUGAAUGCACAGGUAUUCUCAAAAUCAGCUUCAUUCAUGGUCACAAAUCAAGGAAAAAUGAACCAGAAACCUACAAAUCAGUACUACAGAAAUGCAAAUGGGCCUCAGAAAACAGGAAUCUACCCACAGAGAUUUGGAAACUCACAACAAAAGCACAAAGGAAAAAGGAGUAAAUUCAACCCUAAUGUGAGUUGUACUCAUUGUUUUAAGAUAGGACAUGUCAUUGAUGGCUGUCACAGGCUGCAUGGUUACCAGAGGAUUUUGAAUUUACCAAAGGGAAGAACUAUCAGCCUUCAAUAA